UACAAUUUGAAUUGCAGCUGAACCGGUUUAAAUUUGAUUUUGAUUGACUAACUUUUUCAUUAAUCAUUUUAAUUUUCAUUUGUAUAGUCAAAUUCAUCCUUUUCUUUUAAUUAAAACCACUGUCAAUAUUUCUAGUAAAGUUACUUCUUCCAUAUCAUUUACACGUCGAUUUCGUUUUCUUCCAACUCUUUCAUUUUGUUUUGAUUUGAUGUACUUGUGAUUGUGAUUGUGUCUCUCUGUUUCCCUUGUCUUGUUUCGCUGUGCUUUCAUCUUUUAAUCAGCUCUUGAUCUAAAGUAACUUGAGUAUCAGAAUUGAAUCUUUUUAACUAAUUGGUUCGUGGUUACUGGUUAAUAAAGAAAAUCUAAUUUAAAUCUAAUUUUGCAAGCAAGAAGAAUGAAAUUAAAUUAAAAUCGUUAUUACUAUUCGAUUGAACUCGUAUUGCAUUAAGUAAUUAGACCAUGGGGUCUCUCAUAUCCCUAUUAAUGAUGUCUCGGACUGUCCAAUUUGCCGGGAUAGUUGCGUUGUCAUAUGCGUACGUUUUAUUUACUCCAUUCACAAAAGUUGAGGAAUCGUUCGGGAUACAAGCGGUUCAUGAUUUCAUAUACCUUGGGUUUCCUCGAGCACUGGACAUAGCGAAUAGAUAUGCUAAUGGCACUGCUGAUAUAUCGAUUAGUCCAAAAUUUCCUUUAAAAUUAAAAUUUUCUAUUGAACCGACCAAUAUCGUUCAUUCGCAUAACUACAGUGGUUGGCGUUGGGAUCAUGAAGAAUUUCCAGGGCCUCUUCCAAGAACAUUUAUUGGUCCAUUCAUUUUGAGCUUAUUCGCCUUCCCUUGGUCCAUGAAUACUCGAAUACUCGAGAAAAUAUACAUCCAGAUAAUCGUUAGGAUAAUCCUGUCAAGCUUUGUACUUCUCGGAUUUUUUAAUUAUGCGUGUGAAGUUACAAGAAAAUUUGGACGCCAUACGACCAGUGCUCUUACCAUUUUAACGGCAUCGCAAUUUCACUUUCUAUUUUAUGCAUCAAGGCCUCUUCCAAACACUUUUGCCUUGAUUUUAGUCCUGUUUGCCUCGGCUAAAUGGCUUUCUGGACGCAAUACUCCAUUUAUUAUUCUAUGUGCAAUAACUGUUGUGAUUUUCCGUGCAGAAACAGCCCUUUUGUUUGGUCCCAUGAUCAUCAGUUCAAUAUUUUUCCAAUAUAAUCUUGAUAUAUCACAUUUAUUUCUAGUCGGUAUUCCUGCUGGAUUAGUUUCUCUAUUUGCUACCGUCCUAUUUGAUUCAUUUAUGUGGCAAAGAUGGGUUUGGCCAGAAGCUUUUGGCAUAUUUUUCAACGUUUACCUCAACAAGUCAGCAGAAUGGGGAGUUCAACCCUUUCUUUGGUACUUUUAUUCAGCUCUUCCACGAUCUCUACUUUUCUCGCUUUUCUUUGUACCAUUUGCAUCAAGACGGUGUAUGAGAACCUGCUUUGCAGUUUCUUUCGCAUUUAUUUUUCUCUAUUCAUUCCUUGGACACAAAGAACUGCGAUUUAUUAUAUAUUGUCUUCCAUUACUUAACACUUGCGCUGCCAACACGAUUGCUAUUACUGGAUAUCGAUUUUUUACUCUUAAACCUUACCCUGAAAGUUGGUUGAUUUAUAUCAUUCGCAAGCGUUUAGGUUAUGAAGUUUCGACCGAAGAAGAGGCUGAAGAACAGCGACAGAUAGAACAAGCGAAAGAAGCUAAGAAAAGGAAGUCCAAAAAAUCCAAGGCAAAGUUACCCGAUAAAUACGACGCAAUACCAUCACACGCAUCUCCCGGAACAACAGGCGAUACACCAUAUUACCCUGCACCCGGUACUUCGACACAAAAUGUUCGUAGACGACGAGGACAAAACAGAAUGUAUUAUGAUGAAGUUCUCGACACUCAAUAUUCUAGCAUAACACAGUCUGUAUACGAGAUUAAUAGAAGUGCCACAUCUGAACAGCAAGAAACCCCACCAGCAACAAAUCGACCUGCAUCCAUCGAAAACUUACCUCCAUCUUUUGCCUAUUUCACGACAAUAAUUCUGGUCAUCAUGGCUUUCCAUAUUUGGGUAAAUAUUGGUUGUCUUGUUUAUGCUUCUGUAGCCUCAUGGCACAACUAUCCUGGUGGUGAUGCUGUUAAUUGGACAAAUAAACGAAUCAAGUCAACCGAUUUGAAAAGUUUUAAAGCUCAGGAUAUUGGUGUCUAUGUUUGCAAUUUAGCUGCUCAAACGGGUUUCACUCGAUUCCUUCAACUCAAUGGAAUAACCUAUGACAAGUCUAAAGAUUACGCAUUAAUGGCCAAUAAAACUCGGAGAAUAGCGAAAUGGAGAACUCGUAACCCUAAAUUGAGACCAUCUGCCAUUGGCAAAGAUUUUAAGGUUGUCUAUUUCAUUUUGGAAAAUAUUGAUGUCGAUUUUUUGACCAGAUCUUGCUCUUCUACUGCAAGGAUACCUAAAAAAGCACCCAAAACAAAAACUACGAUCCGCUUAUCUGACAAUAUUGAAUCCGUUGUUUGUAAAUUAAGUCCAGAUGCACAGGACUGUAACCUUAUCAAAGCAGUCAACGGGUACGAUGGAAUUGAUUUAAGUCGAGCACCCAAGAGUGUAUUUGUGUUAACCGCUCCUAAAUUGUGGAUAUUCCGAUGCGUUACACGUUAAUACAAGUACUUUUAAUGUAAAAUUAUCUUUACGUGGGAUGUACAUUUAUAAUUAUAUGUAAAAAGCUCAAGUUAAUUGAUACCCAAUCGAUGAACUAAAGCUGUAAUUUGUUUCUACACUCGGUGCCAACAAUAUCGUGUUAAAAAUUAUUUCAAGCAUCAACCUGGUCAUAUUCAAAGAUGAAGCUGUGUGAAUUUAAAUUUUGAUUUAAUCUUUUGGGUUAAAUUGCGGAAUAAACAUUACCUUUAUUCUGGUGUUGAUUAUUGUAAAUAAUUUAUCAAUUCAGAAUCUGGUAACACUCAUUUAGAUGAUCACUAUUGGAUAAAUAUCAAAAUGAGCACAAUCAAAUAUAUAGAAUAAAUAAAAUCAUUUUAUACUUGUUUUAUUGUAUACCUGCACCGAUUGUGUAUCUUAAUCCUUGCCAAUUCUUAAAUCACUGAAAACAAAUAAAACACGAAAUAAUUAUAAUACAA